AUGACUUCCCUGGGCUCCCAGCUCUUCAGGGCAGCAUUCCUGGCAGCCAUCCUGCUGCUGCUGUGGCUCAAGGGGGUGAAGCCUCAGAAAGGGAGCCCUGGUCUGGAUGAGAGGAGUCAGAAAGAGAAAACACCCUCUACAGACCAAGCUCAAGAACACUUGGAAGAGCGCUUUGUAGCCUCCUCAGUGGGCGAGUUGUGGCAGGUGGUGGACAUGGCCCAGCAAGAGGACGACCAGACGUCGGAGGCAGCGUCGAUCCAGGACCACCUGCUUGACCUCGCCUUCUGCCUUAACCUGGCCAGCAUCAUGGUUUUUUUAUGA